GAGCUGCAACCAGAGAUAUUUGCGACUUUGUCAUAAUAAGUCGUUGAUGUUUACGUUGUGUCAGCUGGAAAAGUAAACGCAUUGUGAAUGUGCUAUUUAAACCACUAAAUUUGUUUACUUGUAGUUCACUAUAGCUGUUGAAAGUCAGCUGCAGCAGUUUGAAGACGUGUUGUUCAUUAUAUAAAACAUGCAGUUUGUGCCUGGUUAUCAGAACCUUGACAACAGCAUGUUUGGUGAAAUAUCUCCUCCUCCACACCAUACUAGUCUUCCAUCAUCAACAUGGCUGCAUGUGCCUCCAAUGCAUAUGCCAUGGGGGACACCACUAUCUGAUCAGCCCAGCAUUGUCAGGUUCACUGCAGAAUCAGCAGCAGUGGCAGCAGCAGAAGCAGUAGCAUCUUCAACGUUAGCAGGGAUUCAAAAUGAAAUAUAUAAUUCAAAUGCUUUCCAGUGUAAGAGGAAGAUUGAGACUGAGGUUGAAAUCCGCCCACCAAAGAAGCACAUUACAGAAGAAAAGAUGGCUGCACAUAUGAGUCAGCUGAGCAUCAGUGGGGACUACAGCCCACCACCAAUAUCUGAAGAAAAGCCAACAACCAGCACUGCUGCUGAAGAUAUGACCCUUGGCAGACGGUUAAUCUUGUCUGAUGAGCUGCGUGCAUUGCAGAAUGAGCCUAUAUUACCCCAGAGUCUUGUGUCUAAAUUGGAGAAACCUUCGAUGGCAUUGGUGCUGUGGCAGCCGCCAGCUGGGAACCUGGGUGAGCAGCUGCGCAGUGCUGCACGCCUCAACGCUUCUCAUGCGGCUGAGGAAAGGCAGCAGCAGCAGCAACAGCAACAACAGCAGCAGCAGCAACAGCAACAGCUAGACUCCAAUGACAAUAACAACACGCCUGCUGCUGUUGAUCUGAAUACUUUUACGUCACAACAAGGGGAACUGAUUCCUGAUGAUAACUCUGAAAUGGAACUUUGAUGGGUGAUAUGAAGUAUGUCAGGAUACUGGCAAAAUGAGGGUGUUUGUGGAUGUUAUUUAAAGUGUGUCAUUAGUCCAUCAAGACAUAAGCACAACAUUAAAUGUUUUUAUAUACAUUUUUAGAAAUAAUGUGAUCAAAAUCCACUUAUCAUAAUGUGACGUGUGAAAUAUAUGUCCAUAACUUAAGUCAUAAGAGUGAAGUUUGAUUGUGUGACAAUAUCAUUAUGAAAUUAAAUGAUUGAGUCUGUAUGAAAGCACAUAUAUGUAUAGGGCAUCGUACUGCAGCAUUAAAAAUGUAUUGCACUUUUUGUUGUUUUCAUUUGAAAGUUUGGAAUUAAUUUCUUUCUUGUUUAUUGCUUUUCUUUGUUUUAACACCUUAAUAAAUGACAUUUUCUGGAAUGAAAGGCAAACUUAAGUACUUAUAUUUGCAUCAUAUAUGUAGCCUUUUAUUUUGUGUUAAAUUGAUGAAAAUAAUAGGUAAUAGAACAGUCUGUAACUCAUACAGAAUAUUUAGUAUUGUUUGUAUCACACUCUAGGAAUUGUAAUACAUCCUGUAUGAUUUUUCAUUGUAUAAAUUUAUAAUUCUCCAACAUUCAGACUUAACUCACUUUACUGCAUGCAAAGUGUCCCUCCAAAACUUAAGAUAAUUAUUUAGUUUUGGUAUAGCUGUUUGUACUGAACCCAAGAUGCUAUUUGUUGAUAAAAGAAUGUACAGGGGGGUUGAAUCUGAUUCUGUAACUGUGACUGUCAGCUAUUUGUUUACUGGUGUAUUUUAUUGUUACCAUUAUCAUCCAUUAAAAUGUCAUGAAUGCUUUUGAAGAAACUGAUGCAAAUGGGGAAAAAUGGGGAAUAUUAAAGUAUUGCUCUUUAGCAAGAAACUUCAAGUUUAUGAUUGGUUAUGUUGUUCAUAGUUAAGGUUAGUUCCUUGCCAGGCAGUCAUCUUUAAUUUGCUAAGAAGAGUUAUACAAACAUUUUCAAAUCACAUUGGGAAAUCUUUCUUUGCAGCUCUGUGAACAUAUUUUGUGUACUGUUGUCUUUCAUGUAAUAAUUGACUGUUCUUUUGUUCUAAGAAUCUUUUGUGUUAAAUUUAUUUAUUUGCGUGCUUUCUCUCUUGCUAUUGGAGACUGUUUAUGUGUGUACUACCUGUGUAUUGAUGGAGGAUGAGUAUUGUUGAUAUGGAGGGAAAGUUUCUGACACUGAUGAAAGGUUUCUUGCAUUACUAAUUAAUACCUGUUAUACAUUAAUUGUUAUGAUGUGUGUGUUUGGGAUUCAAAACAAUGGAGUGAAAUGACUUAGAAGUAGAAUAGAAAUUAAUCUAAGAUAAUUUUUCUGGGUGAAGCACCUGUAUUCUGUAUUCACAGAGACUAAUUCAUGAGUGUGUAUUUUGUUCGGCAUUUGCUGCUAAUAAUAUGUAGGUAUGAGUGGUUUAUUUCUGUGUAGUGCUUCAAUAAUUAUGAACUUUAAAACUAUUUGUAGAGCAGUGAGAUUAGUUAAUGAUAGUGACAAAGUGGGAGUAUGACAGUGCUCUAUAGUAUUCUCAGUAUUUUGUUAUGCGUAAAACAAAGCUUGUUUCAGUUAAGGUAGGCUGAAUGCUUCAAGAUUUGCAAAUCUAAUCGCUGCCAUUUAUUCUCAGAAUAAUUUUUCUAUCUUCUUUGACUCACUCAUUUCACUCUUUACAUUCAUGUCAGAUUAAUAUAUGCACAAGUGUAAUGCUUGCAACACAUGGUAUUUUGGACAGCAGAAAACUUUAACUCUUGAUGGUAUAAUCAUGUUUACUGCAGGUAUCCUAGAUGUUAGAGCCAAGCAUAUACAAAUCACUUUCCUCUGUUCCUUAGGAAUGUCUUCCAAGUUGGUUGAAAUCAGUUCCUCUCUCUCUCUCUCUCUCUCUCUCUCUCUCCCCCCCCCCCCCCCCCCACAACAAUAAUCUUUUGUUGUCAAUGAGAACAUGCAUUUAUAUGCUUUCACCAUUGUUUCUUGAUUUAUAUCUGCUAAAUUUGGUUGUGUAAGAAGCAUUAGAGAUUCUCCUCUCUACUUUGUCAUUCAUGAAUUGCUUUAAUCAAAGAGUGAUGACCCAGUAUGCAAGUCCUUAUGACGGGUUAACAUAAUGUAUUUUUAAUUAACUUCUCAUGGUUGGGGUUCAUAGUUCUCUAAAAUAUUGUAAAUGACAUCAUAGUCACCCUUGAAUGUAAAAGUUAUUUGUUUGUAAAUAAAUAAUGCAUUUCCAUAUCAAUGCUGAGGAACUGAUGAUAGACCGCUACACAUUGUUACUGUGUUCCUACUGGUUCAUUUUUCAUAAACAAAAUAUGUGACAGAGUGCUAAUGUAAAUGGCUUUUAAUAAGAUUUAAAGGAAAAACACAUUCAUAUAGGUUGUUGUUCAGUCAACCUCCUGGUAUCUGCUUCCAUAAUAGGUAACAGGCUCCCACAUGUGAACAGGAGUUUCGUCUGUAACAAAUCUACAGAUAAACUUCUGACAGCUUCUCUUCUCUCCUCUCCUCUUCUCUUCUUUCUUCUUUCUCCUCCUCCUCCUCUCUCUCUCUCUCUCUCUCUCUCUCUCUCUCUCUCUCUCUCUCUCUCUCUUAUCUGAUAAUGUGAAUUUUAACAGGAAUAUUGUAGUCAAUUUUUGAAAGAGAGAAAUUUAACGGAUUUUUGUGGGAAGUGUCACCCAGAAAUGUUACAUGAUACCAUGUAAUAUAGUGUAGAAUUCUGUGUACAAGAAUAUCAUUUAUGGAGUUUCCAUUAUUUUCUUCAUACAUUUAGUUUCGUGGGUUGUGUUCUAUGAAUUUUUCUUUGAGAAACUUUGUGAACAAAAUUGUCUAUUCCAUGUCAUACUGCUAGGAAAUUUGUCUAGUACAUGACUAUAAAUAAAUGAAUUAUUUUAUUUGUAUGAACAGUUGUAGAAACCUUGUUGGCUCCUUAGCCACAGGUAUCUUUACUAAUAAAGGAGUUUUUAUACACCUAACUGUAAAUGUGUUA